AUUUGGACCUCGACGAUCAACCAUACACGUCGGCGAGUCAUUGUGACAUCAGAAAACCGACGGGUCAAGUAUGGACGAUACAGACAGUUCCCUAAAUGUGUCCACCAUCUAAAUCUUCAACAACAUGAAGUCAAUUCUAGUAUCAACGGCUGGUUUUCUGGCGGUAGUUGCUGCCCGAGUCACAUUCCAGAACUCAUCGCAAACAAUCCUUCGCGUCGACUCCGGUUCUUACGGCCCGGAAAUCGAAGAGGUUCACUACUACUACAAACAAUGGCCUAUAGGUAUCGCAGUAUCGUCUACGGGCAGGAUAUUUGCAUCGUAUACGCGCGGCAAUUACACAUUCACCCUCGGCGAGAUUGCCAAUAAGACGGCCGAGCGUCCUUACCCGUCUGCAGGAUUGAACCUCCCAGUGAGCCAGCUGAAUAAUACAUGGAACGGCAUUCCAUUCGGCAGUGGGAACAGCACAGGCCUGAUCUCUGUCCAGGCUCUCUAUAUCAGCCCUGCUAGUAACACGCGCCCGGAGACUCUGUGGGUGGUUGAUACUGGUCGACCUACCAUCAUGGACUCGAGUGGUGCACCGACUAUGCCAUAUGCGCAACCAGGUGGGCCGAAAAUAAUUGGUAUUAAUCUUUCCAACGACACAGUGUACGCAACGUAUACGUUCCCGGCGUCUGUUCACUUCCCCGACUCGUACAUGAACGAUAUUCGAUUUGAUCUUCGCCCCGAUGUUACGCAGUCCGGACAGGGGGUCGCAUACAUCGUAGACAGCAGCGAUGAAGGCAGGCCCGGGUUUAUAAUGCUAGAUCUCGGCACUAGCGAGAGCUGGCGACGACUCACCCAGCAUCCCAGCGUCCUUCGGGUGGACCGAGACGUACCCAGCUACCAGGGCGUUCCGUUCUACCAGAAGACGAUGGGCAUUCCAAUUCAGGCACUGCGAGAGGGUCUGGACGGCUUGCAGCUCUCACCCAACGGUUCAAGACUUUACUACUCCGCCUUGACCACCGACUACCUCUACAGCAUCCCCACUGCCAAUCUGCUCGCCUCUUCCUCCGAUCCUCUCGCCGAAAUUGCAGCCGCGAAUAACGUGACCAAUCACGGCCAGCGCGGUGGUAAUGCAAAUGGUUUUGAGGGCGACUCUAACGGCCUGAUUUAUCAACUCAUGCCCGAGCACAAUGCGAUCUACUACUACAAUCCUAGGGAUCUGCAGACGCACCCGUUCGUCCGAGACCCAAGGAUUAUCUGGCCCGAUGGAGCGAGCAUUGCCGCUGAUGGGUUUUUGUACAUGAAUAUCAAUCAGCUGCCGUACCAGCCGGUGUGGAACAAUGGCUCGGAUUUGAGGACCUGGCCCGGUGCGGUGCUGAGGUGCAAGUUGCCUGGUAAUGGCACAAAGAUCUCGACGCUUGUCUAG